AUGGGCCGCUUCGUCAGCUACAGCCGAAAGCGGCAACCGACGCUGAACCAAAUUCGCGAACAGCAGCAGCAGCAGGCUGGUAAUACUGCUAAUCCUCCAGAUUCGCGGAGGAACAGCGGCUCAGGAGUGGUGCGGCGCAACAGUACAAAAUCCUCGACCUCGUUAACGCAGAACAAGCUCAACAGCGUCGCAUCCUCCACGGGAACGGGUGUGGAAGACCAAGAGACGGGGAACCAGCAUGGUCAAAUAAAACCCCUCCACCAACCCGGAGUCAUCAUAACCCCGUCCGCCAGCCCGACAGUCUCGAAGUCCAGCAACAACAAUAAAUUCCGGUAUGCAGCCGGCUCCCCGUCCGGUGCCUCCACGACGAGCGAGCACACUUUGCGGUCGCUCGCCGAGCAAACCAAGUCGCACGCCAUCGUCGGCACGGGCCAAAAGUUGCGACAGCUGGUACGGAGGUUAAAAACCGAAAAUCACCAGCAGGGCCAGAUCAUCCACCCAGAGAAGUUGGUGGGGGCAGGAGCUGUGAACAACAUAAGUACUUCAACUAGCAGCAAUCCGGCCGCGAUUCAACAUCCGGGUGUAGGGGGUAUGGCGCUGAGCACGGCCAGUGUAGUCGCGGCUUCCACAACGUCGAAGAAGCUCUCCGGCAUGAGUGCCUCCUCGUCUUCGACCAGUUCGCAGAGAGUCGCUGCUCUGAAUGAGAAUGUUGCUGCUGGUGGCGCGGAUACUAUUAGCACGAAACAGCACGAAGUUCUUGCUAUUGACGUCGACCAGGAAAAAUCGCAAAACCAGCAGCCACACAACCUGGAGGGGAAGCACAAAAGCAGUCCAAAGGGG